CCCAGGACUAGCUCUCAGAGGGGCCAACAGGAUCCCCCAUGAUCUUCAGAAUCACUCAUCGAAAAAGAUGCCAUCUUCAUCCACUCUAACAUCCAGCUUCAUCAUCCCGCUCAUCGUACUCAGCUUGCUGUGCAUCCGGCAAUGCAUAACGUCUACCAGCCCCAGCAACCGAUUCUCUCAAGCCUACCCAUCCGGUCUGGUGAUACAAUCAUCCAGACCUUCAACCCUUUCAACAUUGGCCGAUUCCGAGCGGGUGUCUCUCAAGCAGGCCGAUUAUGUCACCAGUUACCCUGAUCGACAUAAGCUCGUUCCGAUUGUCCUCGGUGUCAUGAGCAAGUGUCCUGAUGCGCAAAUAUGUGAAGACGUGUUCGACAAGGUUCUUGCUGAGGUUGCGGACAAGGUGGACGUCCUCGUCGCCUACAUGGGGGACAUCGAUCCUGCAGCACAAUAUGGAGUGCGCUGUCGGCACGGUGAUUCAGAGUGCAGGGGAAAUAUACAUCAAUUAUGCUAUCGGAAUCGAUUUCCCCAACUUCAUGAUUGGUGGGGAUUCAUUCAAUGUGAAAACUAUGCUGGGUUGUCUCGUGUUGGAGAAGAAGCGCUCGCAAAAUCAUGCGCAAAAGUCAACCUGCACGACUGGGAUCAAGACGUGAAAGAUUGCGCUAACGGUUCUCAAGGACGACAACUCCUUUACUCGAGCGUCCAACUAAGCAAACAUCUUAGGAUUCAGAAGAGUUGCUCUAUUUUCAUUAAUAAUCAAUUAGUCUGUGUCCAUGAUGGCGGCUGGAAAGAUUGCAAAAGUGGCCAUGAGAUUGUAGACUUUGUAAAAUAUAUUCAACACGAGUACGAUCUCAUCAAUACCUCCAGUUAAGAAUGCAUUGCCAUCUAUGCUUCAUGCGCAUUCUUGUAUUCCUAUCCUAUAUUAAAACAUUUAUCCUUUUCUGUAAGCAUCAAAAUCAUCAUUUUAUUAUAUUACUCCAUCCCUUCACGCAAUCCCGGUCUCAUCUAUAAUGACAUGGUAAAGUAAGGCUUGUAAUAUCAAAGAGAUCAUCCAGCAGAUUUCUCACAAGUUCUCCUUGUUGGCUCUUGAUAGUUUGAUCAAAUUAUCACAUCCGCUCAAGUUUUAGCAUAGUCAUGUUGAUUACAGUUUAUAACCACUCUGCAGAUGUUUGUAUUUUAAGUUCUGAUUGCUACAGAUGUAUAUAUAAGGCGUGUAAUUCAAGUGAUUUCUGACACUGUCCAUGUGUUCUCACCAAUUGAUUUGGGUGUAUGUACAACAAAGAGAUAAAUUCACCAAGGCAC